AUGGCGGGGGCUUCGCCGGAGAGUGGCGCGCAAAAUGCCGCGGUUAAGCGGGUGGGGCACUACUCGUCGAUUCAGACCAUCCUGCUCGUCGGCGAAGGGGACCUCUCCUUCUCCCGGGCUAUCGCCGCCGGGUUCGGCUCCGGCGCCAACCUCGUCGUCACUUCCCUCGAAGACUACGAUUCUCUGACGGACAAGUACCCUGAAGCAAAAUCGAAUUUGGCAGAGCUCGAAAAGCUGGGGGCAGUAAUUCUGCAUGGAGUGGAUGCACAUACCAUGAGGCUUCAUCCUGAUCUCAAGCUGAAAAGGUUCGACAGGAUCCUUUUUAACUUCCCCCAUGCUGGAUUCGGAUUCAGGUUGAAAGAAGACGACGAGCGUUUAAUCAAGGAGCACCAAAAGGUAGUGAAGGCCUUCUUCGAAAGCGCGGGCCACCUCCUUCGUCCUUACGGUGAAGUUCAUGUCAGCCACAAGACAAAACCCCCUUACGACAAGUGGGACCUUCGAAGACUUGCCGCGGAUUCUGGUCUUUAUCAGGUCAAAGAGGUCAAAGAAGCCCCCUUCCGUGCAGCAGACUAUCCUGGCUACAACAACAAAAGAGGAGAUGGCAAGGAUUGCGACCAACCUUUCAUGCUUGGGGAAUGCAGCACGUUCAUGUUCAGAAAGGGGUAUCUGAACAUGAUUGAAAGGCCUUCCCAUUCACUUCCACUUGCUCCAGUGUGGCAGGGGUGUCACCCUUAUGUUCCGUUUAACAUGUAUGGCAUGCCGCCAGGCUCAGGAUUCCUCCCACAAUAUGCUGCUGCUCAGCCAGGAUAUGCACUAGAAUACGCUCCCAAGCAGAAUAGCAACAUGGCAGGUAUCAUGCAACAGGACCAAUUUUCGCAUCAGAGAAUGCUGAUACGGAAGUUUGGUACACAUCCCUGCUGAAGAGUGAAGAUACUCUGGCUUGAAGUUUGAACUGCCGCUGGAAGAUUCUUCUGUGGGAAAGUUUGAUGGUGCCAGGAUUUAGUUUGCGCUUUGAUAAAAUAGCACGCAUGGUGCCAUUGACAUAUGGCGACCCCACAUAUCAUUGACAUAAUGCGUGGCGUUUUAUCAAAGGCAAAGUAAAACGUGGCAUUUUACCAAAUCUCCAUACGAUGUCAUUUUUGUUGGCAACAGGCAAACAUUGAUUGCAACCAACGUUGUUUCCUCUAAAUCUAGUCGUAGACUCACGAACAGUCAAAUUCUCUAUUUUUAGCAGCUCGGUGGUUAUACUUUUCAUGUCAAUUGA